AUGGACAACGUUUAUGCCAUGAAGGACGGCGGCAAGUAUGCUUCUGAAGUUCAUCAUUCCAGACACUCGUCAGAUGGAAUGCAAAAUGUCGAAAAGUCCGUUGACCGUGAUGAACAAGAGAUGGCGAGGCUUGGAAAACGCCAGGAACUGCGACGAAACUUUGGUUUUAUGAGCAUGCUUGGAUUUUCUUGUACCCUCAUGAUAACAUGGGAGGGGUUGCUGACGGUUUUCGUCUAUGGACUCACUGACGGUGGCCCCGCUGGGCUCGUAUACGGUUAUCUCUUCUGUUGGCUGGGAUACUUCACCGUUGUGGCUUCCCUCGCUGAAAUGGUAUCGAUGGCACCCACGGCAGGUGGCCAGUAUCACUGGACUUUCCUCUUUGCACCAAAGUCUUGUCGCAACUUUCUCUCCUUCGUCACUGGUUGGCAGUCUGUCCUUUCGUGGCAAGCUUGUCUCGCGUCGGCGGCGUAUCUGGGCGGCACGAUCAUUCAGGGUUUGCUGGUACUCAACUAUCCCAGUUAUGAUUUCAAACGAUGGCAUGGAACUUUGCUACUUUUUUCAGUCAUUUUGUUGGCGUUGCUUUUCAACACCUACCUUGCAAAGCAGCUGCCCAAAAUCGAAGGGGCUGUAUUGAUCGUGCAUAUUGUGGGAUUCUUCGGAGUUCUCAUUACCUUGGUGUACCUUGCACCACAUGGAUCUGCACAUGAUGUGUUUAUCAAGUAUCUCAACUCGGGCGGAUACAACAAGGGAACCUCAUUCUUCGUGGGUCUGAUAACAACGGUAUUCGCAUUCGUUGGAGCCGACGGAGCCAUUCACAUGUCUGAAGAGAUCAUCAAUGCUUCCACGGUGGUACCCAAUUCGCUUGUGGCGUCGAUCGGCUUGAAUGGAGUAAUGGGGUUUGCCAUGCUGAUUGCAAUACUGUUUUGCAUUGGUGAUAUCGACAGCGCGCUUACUACGCCAACGGGAUUUCCGUUUAUCGAAAUCUUCCGCCAGGCUGUCAACACAAAUGGCGGGGCCACAGCGAUGAGUGCAAUUGUCUUGUCGUUGAUGAUUUUUGCAACGAUUGCGGUAUUGGCAGCAGCGUCUCGGAUGAUGUGGGCUUUCUCCAGAGACAACGGCUUGCCCGGUUCACAUUAUCUGUCUCGGGUCGAACCACGUACAAAGCUGCCCCUGUACACAGUCGGACUGUCAGUUCUCAUUACCAUGUUGUUGGGUCUGAUCAACAUAGGUUCUAGCGCAGCCUUCAAUGCCGUCGCAUCACUCGUGGUCUCGGGCUACCUCUCGAGUUAUACUCUUCCAAUGAUUCUGCUGCUGCACAAAAAGAUCUUCAAUCCUUCUUCAAUCCAUUAUGGACCAUGGACCUUAGGACGACCAUUUGGGAUAUUCUGCAAUAUCUUUGGCCUGUGCUGGAUUGCAAUUGUCAUGGUUUUCAGCUUUUUCCCAUCCGUCCGAACAGACCUGACUCUGCAGACCAUGAAUUGGUCGUGCCUCCUAUGGGGAGGUACCAUGAUCAUCGGAAUCACCAGCUAUUUUGGUUAUCUUCGAGGUCGCUAUAAUGGUCCAAUUGUCGAAAGGGAUAUCAUUGAUCAAGUCCACCGCAUUUGA